GAGCAACUCAUCUGUUGAUCACUUGUGGUUUUCAGGGCACUAAAGUUGUCUCUUUUCAUCUGAUCUGAGAAAAGUUUUGAGGUUGGUUUUUCAUUGAUUUUGGCUAGAUCGAGCUGGUCCUAGAUCUGUGUGGUUAUAAAAUGACUACAGAGGAGUGGUUGUGCCGCACAUUUAAACUUUGUGAUCUUGUCAGUUCAGAGUCUGGUCUCUCUGGUGAAGUAAUCAACAGCGAUUCAUAUCCACAGCCUGCUUAUAACCCAUCAUCUAUCCAGCUUACUUUGGAAACUUACAGUCAGCUACUGGAUAAAACAUCAGAAUUAAACAUGAAGCAUAUUGAUCAAAAAGUGAUGGAACAAGACAAUGAACAGAUAGAGUCUAUUGAUCACUUUGCACAGAUGACAGCCAAAUCUGUCUUAGAUUCUGCUAUGAUGACAGGCGAAUACCAUCUUGACAAAUGCAAUCUAACUGACCCAAGAGAAUCCAUCAAAGUUAGAGGAAAUGACGUGGAUAUGUUAGCUGAGGAGCUAACAUUACAAGUCUGUUGCAAAGCAUUGCAAGAGAUGGGGAAAUCAUACGAAGAUAGAGGUUAUAAAGAGGCUAUAGAGGGAAUUUUCGAAAAUGCAUCUGUCAUGUGUGCCUCGGGGUACCACUGUGAUGAAAACACAUCUGAAAUGGAAACCAAGAUGGAGGAAUAUGAUGAAGCAUCUGGUACCACAGUAUAUGCCACUGCCUUGAACAGCAUGGCCAGUCUGGGCUCUAUUGACUACCCUGAUGCUCCUCCAAGCACCCCUUUACUUCCAGAGAUGAUGAAGAGCCGAGCCAGUUUUACAAGGAAGCUAAAGGGGGGACUGGCUAAAGAGUUCCUUCCUUCACCCCCUCCUCCAACCCCCAAAGACCAGAUGCAAUCCUUAUUGGAGAACCAGAUGACAGACACCUCUGCUGACAAAUCAGACUUCAUGGUAAGACUGUUGCGCUCACUAUCAUUAGAGUACUGUCGACAUGAAGGUCUAGGAGAAGAGGAUGCUGAAGAGGUUGAUGAUGGUGGACAUCAAAAUGAGAUUCCUAGAUUGUAUGACUAUGCAGCACAACUGUCUGCUGAUAUUCUGCAUUGUAUUACCGCAAACACGAUAGAAGUAAAUGGAGAGGGUUCUAUGAAACGAGUGCAAACUAUUGCUUAUCAACUGGCGGAUGACAUUUUCGUAAAGUCUAUUGCAGAGUUGAUUGAAAGUGAGACAAUAGAAAGCAGAAGAGACACCUCAUUUUCGAAGGAAGAAGCAACAUCAUAUUCAACCCUCAAGCCCAACAUGGAAGACGUGGCUUCAGUGUUAGAUGCUGCUUCUCAACAAAGACCUAGCAUCCCAUUCUCUGCAGUGGAGGGAGUGAAUGUUUUAGCUAGUGAGCUAAUCCUUAAUGCCGUGGUUCAAGCUUUUGUUAAGCUAAAACAGGGUAUGUUUAAACAUGGAACCCAUCCACAUUUUUUGGGCCAAGCAACAGAACUACAACCAUGGGAAAAAGGAAGAUAUUCAAACACAAAUUUGUGUACAGAAUCGAUCCAGUCCCACAAUGCCAAAGCCUUCAGUUGCUGUAACAAUAAAUCAGAAUCGAGUCCUAUUACAUUUGACAGCAGUAACAUGACAUCGUCAGCAGAAUACACAUUUGCUGAGAACUUCACAGAAGAUUCUGUAUAUGAUGCUUCCAGCAUAUGUUCAAAUGGCAAACUUGGUUCACAGAGAGAUAUUAAAUCGUGCAUAAUCAAGAUGCAUGCUGAGGAAAGUCGUGAUGUUCAGGAACUGCAAUGUGCGCUACUUUGGGCUGCAGCCUCUCAGAAAGGGAUUUCAGCACUUCAAUUUCAUCUAGCAGACACAAGCCUUCAACACCAGCUUUGUGGACUCUCUCGGAGUGCCCAUGUGAAUGGCUGGACAGUGGGCGCUUUAAUGGCAUCACUCUACCAGUUUUGUGAUAUGAAGCGAGAGACCAGCAGAGGGCACUAUAAGAGCUCUGAUUCUCUGUUGGAGCAUCUGCAGUGCCUGAUUGACAGUACAUGUUUAAACUGAUCAUGGACUAGAUUCACCCAUCCAAUUUCUGGUGUAAAACAUGCCCAGCGAUUCCCCCAGAUAUCCAAAGAGGAAGGAAACAGCUGACACGAUCUUAAACAACACCACUCUCACAUCUCAAGCAUUAACGGAUCCAAGGCCAUAACAAAGUAAUGCCAUACAGAUGAAUAUUCAGUAAUAAUUUAUUUAUUUUUAGCUAUUAAAUAGGAAGCAGCUUUGACCCCGUAAAGAUGAAACUGCUGCACACAUGCUAUCUGCUUAUACUGAGAUCUGCUCUCCUAAUCUAAACGGAAAGCCACAGCCAUUAUUAGGAAAGCGUAAAUCUGAGCACAAAUUAGUUUUGAAGGUUACUUUCUAAACAAACAGACUGACACAUUUUUGAAUAAGUUUCCUGUAUUCUGUGUGUUUCUGUAUUUUUUCUUUUCUUUUUUUAUGCCAGUAACAAUAAUAAAA